AUGCCCAUCACUCAGGAAAACGCCCUCAGCAUCCUCCCAUUGCUGGAGGACUGGCAGGGGGAACAAAGCACAAGAUCCCAGCAGGAGCACAACCUGAAUCAGGACAGUUCUGGCAUCAAGCAUGUGGAUCAGGACUCCAACCAGAAUGGGGAAGGGGAUAGUGUGUGCAGUAGCAGCAGUGUUAGCAGUGCUAAUGUGGAGGACAAGUCCCUGUGUCUGGCUGCCAUUCAGAAAUUGGUGGAGUACAUUAAGUUCAACUUCAUGGAGGGGGACACAGCUCCGUCAGCGAGCCCAUCCCUUUGCAGAGAGGGGUUAGAUGUCGAGGUUCAUGCCGUUUUCCUCGGUAAAGACGAGGGGGAUACUGCUGAGUUUGGCCUCAGCUUUGGGAACAUCCCAAUUUUUGGGGACCCUGAUGGAAGAAAGAAGGGAGGGCCGAGAAGGAGGCGGGACCAGGGCCCCAUAAUGGAUGUGGGCUGCAUCUGGGUGACAGAGGUGAAGAAGAGGAGCCCAGCAGCCCGCUGUGGGAGGAUUAAGCUUAGAGAUGAACUGCUCUCUCUGAAUGGGCAGCUGAUGGUUGGAGUGGACGUCAGUGGAGCCAGUUACCUGGCUGACCAGUGCUGGAAUGGAGGCUGUGUCUACCUGAUCAUGCUGCGGAGAGUCAAACGAAAGGCUCCCCUCCCUCCUUGUGAUGUGAAUGGCAUACUAGGCAGAGCUGCCUCUGAACCCUCUGACGCACCAGCAACCUGCAAACGCACAAGAAAGUUUGGUGUCAUAUCACGAUCAUCCUGUAACCGAGACAACAGGGACAGUACUGACUCAGAACUCCAGAGCUGCUACAAUGGUUACAGUUCUUCUGUUCCCACUAAUGCAGAAGUCAGUUCUCCAGGCAAUGACGCGGGUUACAUCAUCUCCACACAUACACCCACAGAAGAAAGCCCAGACAGCUUUCCUCAGGUUAGAGCACUUCCUCAGCAUCUGCAUAGUGGAGGCACCGCCACACUGCCAGCGAGGUGUCACAGUCAGCCAUUGAAAUGCAAAAUGGAUUCAUUCAGCAGUGAUUCUUCAAGCCAGCCCAGAGAUGGCAGCCACAUCUGGAAGAUGCAUUUGGUGAAAGGUCAGGAGGGCCUAGGAAUACAGAUAACAGGGGGGCGGGGCUCCAAGCGCUCGCCUCAUGGCAUCAUUAUAGCUCAUAUAGAGGAGGGGGGCGCCAUUCACAGGGACGGGCGUCUUCAUGCUGGUGAUGAGCUUCUGAUGAUAAAUGGUCAGUCUCUGGUAGGUCUCACUCAUCAGGAGGCUGUCGCUAUUCUCCGCUCUACUACUGGUCUGGUCCAACUGGUGGUGGCCAACAGGGAGGAGUCAGAAGUGGGUUUUGAGCGUUUCCCUUCCACCAGUCUGCCAGACCUGGUCAGCACCUGCAGCUCCUCGUCCUCUCUGUCUCACACUGCUGUCCCGCGUUCACCUCAGAUUUCCAACAGCAGCACAAAUCUGCACAACCCCUUCCUGUUAUCUAACCCGGAAAAACUCGAAGAACAGAGUAAGGUAGAGGCCCCCAAAGGAUCCUGCAGCAGCCCCACACCCAUGAAGCUCUGCAGUCGAUCCCAAGGGGGGAGCAGUCGCCUGGAGUCAGUGGGUGAGGAUGAUGAGCUGUUUGUGGAGAACGGUGUGAGCAGCUGUGAAGUGGUCGAGAAGCCUCCGCCUGGCCGACGUAAACACUCUCUACCUCAACAACUAGAUACUGCUGGACUGAGACAGGAGUAUCAGAUAAUUAAGAAAUCAGCCCGCUCCCUGAGCACUGUUCAAGUGGAGUCUCCAUGGCGACUGGCACAGCCAUCUAUUAUCUCCAGCAUAGUGCUGAUGAAAGGCCAGGGCAAGGGCCUAGGAUUCAGUAUUGUUGGUGGGCAGGACUCAGCACGUGGUCAGAUGGGGAUUUUUGUUAAAACCAUUUUUCCUCAUGGAGCUGCAGCAGCUGAUGGACGAUUGAAAGAGGGAGAUGAGAUUCUGGAAGUGAACGGAGAGUCUCUCCAAGGACUCACACACCAACAGGCCAUCCAGACCUUCAAGCAAUUGAAAAAAGGUGUUGUGACACUGACGAUUCGAACUCGUCUGCGCAGUCCCAGCCUGACACCCUGUCCGACCCCCACCCUCCUCAGUCGCUCCAGCUCACCAAACUCCAAUACCAGUGGAGGAACACCUGUCCCCUCAGGGUCUGAAGAGGCUGAUGGCCGCAAGGGCCCUGGUCCCGGUCCAAAAGACUGUGUCAUCAUGGAGGUCACACUUAAUAAAGAGCCUGGUGUUGGUCUGGGGAUUGGAGUUUGCUGUUUGACCCUGGAAAACUCUGCUCCUGGCAUCUACAUCCACAGCUUGGCACUGGGAUCUGUGGCCAAGAUGGAUGGCAGGCUCAGCCGGGGAGAUCAAAUACUGGAGGUUGACUCAGACAGUCUUCGACAUGCUGCUCUCGGUGAGGCUUAUGCCAUCCUCAGUGAAUGUGGCCCAGGACCAGUCAGUCUCAUUAUUAGCAGGCACCCAAAUCCUAAGGUAUCAGAACAGGAGAUGGAUCACAUUAUAGCUCGAUCCGCACACAGGGACAAAAUGAGCAGGAACAGACACUCAACUUACUCCCAAGGUCUGUCCAGUAAGAGCCCUUACCCAACGAUGAAGGACAGACAGGGAAGUGGCUCCCCUGCUCUCAGCUGGACCAUGAAGAGAUUCCUUGAGCCUGCCAGCAGAGGCUCCCUGAGCUCUGAGACAGAGUUAUCUCAGUACUUCUCCCAGGACGUGUCCAGCCACUCGCUCCUGUCUGACUCCAUGCUCAUGGGCUUGAACAGUGACGAGGCUCUCCACCAGCAGAGGUGCAGUACGUCCAUGGAUGACAGCACGUCACAGCUACAUGCAUUCACCCCUUCCCUAAUAGAAGUGGAGAGUAGUCCUGUGUACAACACAUCACACGACAAGACCCCUGUCCCUCUUCAUCACCAUGGAGAGGAUGUUUGCCAGCCCAUUGCCGUCUCUAGCCCCACUUCAGUGCGAAGUCCACUUCUCCGCCAGCGACGAGUGAUGUGUUUUGCGGAAGAGUUCAGUGAUGAAGAGAACUCAGACAACACUGGAAAUGCUGAGCACUCCCACAGACCAACAAAAUCUGACUCUGUUAAAUUGAGUGAUGCCCAAGCUCCCCAAGUUUCCAAAACUGAUUCAAUGGGUGUUGUUGCUACAUCUGUUACAUCAUCAUUAGAUGUAGAUGGAGACAGUGAAGAUGGUGGGGAUUUAAAGAGGUACGGAAGCAAUGAUAUGACAACACCACUCGAUGGUAGUUUCUCACAGCGAGAGGAAAUCAUCCGUUGUCCCAUUGACGACAAAGCAGGGGUGACAAGCAGUGCGGGCUCUGUGUCCAGUAAUCUGACCCUCAGUAGUGAGAACCAUACAAAUCAAGAUGAUGGACAGUUGGAGUCCAAGCGCUCCCCCAAGCUUGAGCAUAAAGCAGUUACGCGGGUCAAAAGUAUGAUGAGCAUCGAAGCCCCAAACCUGCCCCAGCAGCCAAAGUCCAAAGUUGAUGAGCUCUCUCUGUCACAGCCUACACAGUGUGGGAGAAGCCCUGGGGUUGCUGCUGGGUCGAUAUCCCAUCAGCACUGUAAGAAGGGAGAGAUAAGUGAACUCUUGGGUGUUUGUGCCAUCGACACUGUGACCCUGAGGAGAAGUGAGGACGAGUCUUUCGGGCUUGACCUGGAGAUUAUGUCAUCCCCUCUAAGAAUUGUCAUCACAGGGUUGAAGCCUGGAGGUGCAGCAGAAAGGGGAUCUUCAGCCCUUCUGUGUCCUGGAGAUGAGAUUGUGAAAAUUGGAGAAAAGCUAGUUUGUUCUUCCAGCUACCAGGAAAUCUGUGAUCUGAUGCACAACCUUCCUAUCACACUGUGCUUGGAGGUCAAGAGACCAGUUUCUGCUGUAGAUCAACUGUCCAGUUUGAUAAUUUCUUCAGGGAGCAUUGAUGGAGCCAUCAGACGGAAUCCAGCCAGAGCUGCUAACGAGGCUGACAUUCACGCUCCAACGCAGCCCAGUGCCCUGGACUGCUCAACCCUGGUUGCAGGAAAUGAGAAAUGUUCCACCCAACUUGUGGAGACUAUACAUAUGAACCAACCAAAGGAAAAAUCUGGGUCUGAAAUGAUGUACCCCAUAGGAGAUGACAGUGAUUCAAACAGUGAAUCCACCACUGACAGUGUUAUGGUCAAUAUGAUGGUCAGCAGUGUUGGAAAUCUUUAUGAGCCCUCUUCAGAUGAGGAAGAAGUGGAGAUUUUUUGUUCUGAUUCGCAGCAACCUGCUGCAGGUGGCCACUUUUAUUUAGGCCAGUCACCAAAUGGGUCCUCACCUUUUCAAGAUGGCAGCAGUCAAGAUACCAACCUGACUCAGACCAGUGAUGUGAUGCAGGUUUCCUCUGAGGUCUCAGCGGGUUACAAAGAAAACUCUGUGACAACAAGCCAGUGCUUACAGCUUUCUCAGUUGUUCAGGGACUCCUCCACAGACCAACCACGCCAAUCUCCAAAUGGUACAAUACCCAUUUCUUCCACAGAGUGCCACAUUAAUAGUGCCAUUGAAUCCUUUGACCAAGAAUGUCUGGCACCCAGAUCUGGUAGCCUAAGCAUUUACAGCAGCCCCUCCCCAUCAGGUGCUCAUAGUUUCACACAGGGAAUGACUGCAAAUCUGCAUGCAGAUGCCUCGCUAACCUCAGAUUUACAGAAGCAUUUGAACAGAAACCUGACCCUCUCACCUUUAAUGGAAUCAGAGGCCUCAUGUUCACGCAUUAGUAGAGCAGACACAAGAGUGCCAGCAUCCGUGACAAACAAAGAAAAAGUCUUGAAAUAUAGAACUAAUUUAAACCCCUGUGCUACCUCAUCACUUGCCAAGACCUCUAGCCAAAACCUCCUUAAUAAUUCAGACUGUCCUGUGUGGAGCGGUAUCUUUAAACUUCAGGUUGAAUCUCAAAUCAGACCAAACACUGCUCCCAAACUGAAAGGCCUAAGUAUUAAGAGUAAGAACAAAAUACAGGAAGAGCCCCUCCAAAAACCUACCAGAUCUGAAAGUCAGUUUUCUUCAAACACGUAUACCUCUUUGAUCCAGUCGGCAAAAUUAUCACAAGUGGCAGACAUGUCCAGUUGUUUGAUGAGCAAUAACCAGACUAAUAUGAACAGCUGCCUUGCUUUGCCAAAAGUUAGUGACAUAAGGCAAGUUACACCUGAGCACAGGCUUGCAGAUGGCACUUUACCAACUCUGCAACUAACCAAGGAGAAUGGCAUCCAAUUAGGAUCCAAAGCAACCGCCAAACCACAGGGCCAAUCACUCCAACAUUCCACUCAGAGAACAUUCAUAGAAGUACAGCUGUCUCCCUUAUCUGGUCCAUCCUCACCACUGCUGACACACUACGAAAAAGUUUAUUCAGAAGAAUCUAAGCACACUCAAAGAGGCCCGCAUGCAAGAUUAUCACCAAUGCUUUUUCCUGACCUUUCUACGGUAGAAAAAACAAAUGCCAAGGUCUUAAACACUGGUUUUAAUUCACUGUGUUCUACUAAAGAAACUAGCUCAACCCCAAGUAAUGGCUUAAACCUCACUUCUAUUGUGGAGACAAUUGGCCCCCUAAAGUCCAGCACAUCCAGACUGCACAUAAAGACAACGGAAAGGCGAAGUUUCUCAACAGAAAACAACAACUUGUCAACAGACUACAAUCCCUUCUCUGUCCGACAUAAGAUAAAGUCUUUUGAAAAUCUGGCUCAUUUUGACAAGCCUGUGGCUAGAAACAAUGACAUUCAGUCAUAUGCUCUGGCAUAUAGAGCCUCACUUAACCAAAGGAUUGCUGGUUAUAUUGGUUUGGUCAAUUCAAUUGGCUGCCAGACACGGCAAAGGGGUUUUACUUCUUAUGUGGCGAAUCAAACCCCUACCACCCCCUGCUCACCUCCUUUUGGUAAAUCGAGGUCUAGCAUUACAAUGAACCUUGAAUAUCCAGAUACAAGCUGCAACACAGCUCCCCUGUUGGAGGACAAUCCUGAGGCUGAGGUUCAAAAUAUGCCUGAUGGGAUUACUUCACAGACCCCUCCGGUGCUGCGGAGGAAACAUGGCAAACUUCCCCGCAGCAGGAUGCAGCAGCUCAGGGCUCUCAGUAUGCCUGACCUGGAAAAGCUAUGCACAGAGGACUUUGCCAGAGAGCAUGGUACAACCAUAGAUAUCACUGAGCCUGGCAUCCAUCCGACAAGUCUUUCGAAUGCCACAACAACUGAGAGAUGUCCACACUCUGCAACCCUGACAAAAGUUGAUGUGAACAUGGCGAACCAAGGAGAGCCUGGAUCUACUGAGGAGACUCCUCAUAGACCCUCAGAGACCCUUGGACAACAGCCCAGCUGGUCAAUCAGUUUAAAGGAACUCAGUACUUCUCCUGUGAGUCAGUGUAAGCUGCAAACACUGUUGCUUUCCCUGACUGCUAGAUCAUACGUGUUGUCCCUGCUUCAGGAGGCCAGGGCCCUCUCUGAGGUUAAUGUCCAAACUCAGCUUGUUGUCCUGAGUAAAGAGGAGGGCUCAGGGCUUGGUUUUAGUAUUGCUGGUGGAGCUGACCUUGAGCAGAAGGAAAUAACUGUUCAUCGAGUCUUCACCAAAGGUGCAGCUAGCCUCUUAGGCACGAUCCAGAGAGGUGACAGGAUUUUAUCCAUAAACUGCACAAGUCUGGAGGGUAAAACCCAUGGAGAGGCUGUGUCCUGUCUUCACCAGGCCAGGCUGACCAGUCAAGCCUUAGUUGUCAUUUGGAGAGACAGUGAACUGAGUUUCUUUGACAGACGUGACUCGGUCAGCCAGACAAACAGUGUGCAUUCUCCCAGGAAGUCUUUGGAAGCCAGGGCAGUGUUGGAUGAUGGUCAAAAUGGUGCUUUACUGGUGGAGCUUCAUAAGACCUCUGCUGGCCUGGGCUUCAGUCUGGAUGGGGGGAAGUCUUCAAGUCAUGGAGACAGGCCUCUCACUGUCAAACGCAUCUUUAAAGGAGGUGCUGCAGAGCUGUCGGGGCUUAUUGAAGUUGGCGAUGAGGUCCUAUCUGUCAAUGGCUGUUCUCUGGAAGGCCUCAUGCACCAUGAUGCCUGGAAAAUCAUCAAAACUACUAUUGACGGACCCAACCAACUUCUCAUUCGCAAGUAGAUGACCUGACUGUAAUGAACAAAAUAUGGAAACCUCCUGAGCAGGGACAAUGUGAAGCUUCCUUUAAAACAGGGUAUGGAUGAGCAGCAGAAAGCAGGAAUUUUUUCCCCCACUUUUUUACAAACUUUCUGAUGGACUCCAUUUGAAAUGUUGUGUUUUGUCUUGUUACCUGUGUUUGUACUAUAAAUAGGUCAAAUUUGAUUGACCUCUCAUUAUUGUGGUGAAUAAUGCUGAAUUUUGAUUUAUUUCAGAUGGGAAGUGCAGUUUGUUUACAGUAGAUUUAC